AUGUUGUUGGCUAUGUUGUGGAUGUUAGCGUCAAUAAAAAAACAUGGAUUGUUAUUGAAUGAUAUUAAACUUUGUACAAUAGAAAAGGAACAACUUAUAUCAACAAAAGCAGACACAGAAAAACUAAGUGUAAUUGAACAUCAACAAAUCGAAGGGAUUAGAAAACUGACUGAAAUAGAACAUCAAUUACUCAAGUCAAAAGAAAAAGGAGUAACAUACAUCAGAUGGGGUAAGACGCAAUGCGAUGGAUCAAACACAGAAACAUUGUAUUCAGGUCAAGCAGGCGGUAGUCAAUACUCACAACCAGGGUCAAGUGUAAACUACUUGUGUUUACCUCUCAACCCAGACGGCGCACUACCGCUUAAAGCACAUAGUUGGUAUGCUUUUCUGUGUGGAGCAGAAUACCAAGUAAAUGAAGGGAACACACCCCAAGGAAUCAGGUCUGAUAUUUUUAAUCAUGAUGUCGCAUGUGCAGCAUGCCUAGCAAAAGGAAAAUUAUCAUCCAUUAUGAUACCAGGAUGGAAAACGUGUAAUAAUGGAUGGACAAAAGAAUACGAUGGAAUUUUAAUGGCUGGACAUCCAAUUCAUGCUGCUUCAUCAGAAUACGCAUGCGUAGAUAAGGUAACUGAAACUAUAGCUGGUGGAUCUAGAGACGAAAAUGGAAUUUUAUUUUAUCCCGUAAAAACAGUUUGUGGAUCAUUGAAAUGUCCACCAUACAAACCAGACACAGAUGUUCCAUGCGUCGUUUGUUCAAAAUAG